AUGUCGGCGCCGAGUCGGCUCAGUAGAACGUCCGUCAACGUCAAUUCGACGGUACCAAGCGGGGAUGCAUCGGGACGGCAUCCGAAAGGGAACGAUGCCGCUGGGGAGGCGCAGGGGCAAAAUGGGAUCCCGCGCGUCGUUCCGUUGCAAGAUUCCCGUCAGUACUACAUUACUACGUGCCUGUCGCUCACUCUCCCAGCUGCCUCUGGCCUCGCUGCGUUCCUCAUUUACCCGCCUCUUGCGCCAAGUAUCUCCCGUCAACCCCGUCAGCCCCGUCCGGCCCGUCCGGCCAGCCGUGCGCCCCGUCCGCGCUAUCCUGCCCGUCUGCGCAUCCGUCUGCGCAGUCCCCCGCGCGCAUGCAUCGCGUGCGCCACUCCCGCGCGUCUCGCCUUCUCCAUCUCUUCGCGCAGCGCCAUGCCGCUCCCCGGCUCGGCGCGCUGCAGCCCCGCGUGGGGUUCGUUGCGGCGGCCGGCGGAGAUCGGCCGGCAGCGUUACGCGCUCCCGACUGCCAGUCCAGUUCAGUAUGCCCCCCUGCCGGCAGAAAGCACGUGCCGGUUGCUGUCCGGCAUCCACGACCAGUUCGUGAGCGUAUCGCAUGCCUGCAAGAUCCGAGUCAUCGGUUCGGCGUCUUCUCGGGGCCGCCUUACCACCACUCCCGCUCGCGACAGCAGCAGCAGCAGCAGCAGCAGCAGCAGCAGCAGCAGCAGCAGCAGCAGCGGCGGCGGCGGCGGCAGCGGUGGCAGCAGCGGCAGCGGCAGGGAUGGCGUUACCGCUGCCUUUGCUGCCCACGUGUCGGCGCUGGAGAGGUUGGUGGAGGAGGCGCGGCGGGCGUACGGCGAGCGGCACGAGCUGGUGGCGGGGCUGAGACUACAACUGGCGCAGGCGUACCUGGAGCAAGAAAGGGACGCGGGGACCGUGCUACGUGUGGUGGAAAAUUCGUGGAAGGUGUUAAAAGCCGUGGCAGUCGAAGGGGAUUCGUUGCGAGCCAGAUGUCUGCAGCUCAUGGCUGUGUGCCAUGCUAGGCUCGGCGAUCCCGAGAUAUGUCUCUCGCUCCUCGAGCAGUGUGAGGGAGCGUUGGAAGCUGCCAAGAAGCUUCAGUGCCUCAUGCAAGAGAAAGAAAGAUCCCCGAGUGCACAGGAGAUGGAAUUGAGUGGCUGGUGGCGAGUGUGGCAGGGAGAGGAGUGGAGGAAGAGAGGCUUGGAGAAUAGAAGAGCAAAGGGUGCUGAUGGGGAGGGGAAAGGGGAAGCAUCAUUAUCAUCAACAGCAGCAGUGAAUGUGGCGCAUGCGAUGAAGAAAUUCAUAUCCGUGGUGGGGUUUGACAUGCACAUGCUCAGGGCUAACGUCAGCAGUGCCAUGGGCGACGUGGAUACUGCGAUGAAGGCCUACAGGACCGCAAUAGCACUGCAGGAGAAGGCAUUGGGUGGGAAUGACAACUGGUUAGCGGACUCGUUGCAAGAUGCAGCGUCGGCGUGUCUGCGGCACAAGCUACUAGACGACGCCCAUGCCAUGGGGAUUCGAGCGCUGCAGCUGCACGAGGCGUACAGGAGGGCGUUGGAAACAAGGAUGAGAGAGGAGGAGGGCAGUGCAGAGAGCAGUGCUAGGGGAGGGGAGAGUGCGGAGGAAGGAGGGUUGCAAGGGUUUGAGUUGAGGGGUACAGUCAGAGAGGAGAUGGAGGGGACGGGGAGGAAGGAGGUGAGGAGGGUGUAUGAGGUCGCAGCUCUGGAUGUUGUUUUCGACCACCAGCUACUAGCAGCAGUCUUAUCGGGUCGCAACGACUUCUCUCCUGCAAUCCACCACCAGUCGGCUGCAGCGGCCCUGCUCUCCUCCCUCCUCUCCUCGCCCUCCCCUCCCUCCUCCUUCUCCUCCAUGAAUCUCGCCUCAGUUCAUCUCACUACUGUCGACUUUAUCCUUCGCUCCGGCCUGCUUAAAGAGGGGACGCGAGGGGGGAGGGUGGUGUUGGGGGAUGAGGAGGAAGCAGAGAACGGGGAAGGGAUUGGUAUCAGCAGCAGCAGCAAGAAGAGAGGGGAAGGAGUGAGGGGAGGAGUAGGGGGAGGAGAUGAGGGAGGAAUCGGGGGGGAGAGAACAGAGGAGGCGGGGGAUAUGGCACUGGUGGCGCUGAGAGCACUGAAGGAGAGUGCUGCAAUCCAGAAAAAGGAGCUGGGGAAGGAUCACCCGGCUGUGGCGAGGACGUAUGCAUUCGCUGUUGAGGUGUACUGGCAGAUAGGGCAGCUGGAGGAGGCAGAGAUGAGCAACAGGGCAUUGAGAGUGCUUGAAUCCCUACCAGAGGCCUACAAGCGCAGCGACGAGGAAGCAACAGCACUCUCCCUCCUGGCCGACCACUUGCAGCACACCGGCCGCUCGGCCAUGGCGCUGCCUCUGCUGGAGAGAGCGUUGAGCAUCCAAAAGGAGGACCCCUUCAACUCUCUCAAGUCCGUGGAAACAGCGGCAGAUCUUGCCUCUCUUCUUCUCACCCACCGCGGUCCCCGCGAAGCCCUCCCCAUCCUGGUCGACGCAUACCUCACUCUGCAAACCUCGCUCGCUCCUCGCUCCUUCCCUGGCUCAUCCCGCGCUGAUUUUCUCCGCAUCCUUUCCCUCCUCUCCGCUACUCACGCCUCUCUCAACCUAUGGGACGAUGCUGCGAGAGUGGUGGGGGCGAUGUGGGAGUUGGUGACAAGGGAGGGGAUGGAGGAGGCGUUGUCGACACCUGAGAGGACUGAUAUGGCGACGAUGCAAAUAUGGUUACCGCUGACAGAGGCUUUGAGGAGUGAGAAGAGGUUUCAACAGCUGCAGCAGGCAUUGGAGCAAGCAGUGAGAGGAGCAGAAAGAGGAGGAACGGGCAAGGGGGGAGGGGAGGCAUUCAAGGAUACAGCAGGCAGCUAUCGCUGGCUCGUCCGCGAAUUCGUUCGCCCAGUCCGCGUAGCCGCCUCCCCCUCGUCUGCGCGCAUGCAUCGCGUGCGCUACUCUCGCGCGUCUCGCCUUCUCCAUCUCUUCGCGCAGCGCCAUGCCGCUCCCCGGCUCGGCGCGCUGCAGCCCCGUGCGGGGGCCGUCACGGCGGCUGGCGGAGAUUGGCCGGCAGUGUUACUCGUUCCGCCUGCUAGCCGGCAGGUAGACGCGGCACGUCCGAUCAGCCGCUGCGGCGAUCACCACGUAGGACGAUUCACUGACGCGCUGCCACAGAUCUGCUGCCAGGCUGUCAGCCAGCCUGGCGUUGCCACGCUGUCCGCCGAGCCAUUACCUUCCAUAGCCACAUCAUCACUCGCCCAGCGGUACCGCUCUGCGCCGCGCCAUACACCUCUUUCUCGACUUUCCGCCCCUCAUCACCACCCCACACCGCUCGCGGUCAGCUCGCCGUAUGUUCGCGCUUUUAGCGCCUCCUCCACCGGCGACAGCAGUGGCAGCGGCGGCAGCAGUGGCAGCUGCGGCAGCAGUGGCAGCGGCGGCAGCGGCAGUGGUGGCGGCAGCAGCGGGAGUGUUGGCGGCAGGGGCGAGGCUGCGGGCGGACUAGGAUCAGACCUAGGUUCGGAUCUAGGGUCAGAUCUAGGUUCGGAUCUAGGUUCGGAUUCAGGCUCGGAUCCAGGUUCGGAUUUAGGUUCGGAGGACGUGUCGGUGGGGGUGCUGGAGGGGGUGGUGGAGGAGGCGCGGCAGGCGUACGGCGAGAGGCACGAGCUGGUGGCGGGGCUCAGGCUGCGACUGGCGCAGGCGUAUAUGGAUCAAGGCCGGGAUGCGGGGGAGGUGCUAUCUGUGGUGAAGAAGGCAUGGGAGGUGUUUGACGGCGUUGCCAUGGAUGGGGAUCCCGUACGAGCCAUGUGCUUGCACCUCAUGGCCGCAUGCCAUGCCAGGCUCGGUAACCCAGACGAGUGUCUCUCACUCCUAGUGCAGUGCGAAGCAGCGCUGGAAGCUGCCAAGAAGCUUCAGAGCCUCAUGCAAGAGCAAGACAUAGCUGGGACUGAGCGAGAAAUAGGAUCAGAUGGGGGGGAGAGCUGCGGGUCAAGGAAUGGAGUUGCAGGGGUGGAGAGUGGGGGAGGUGUGGGUAGCAGAGGAGGCGAGGAUGGAAGAAUAGAGGGUGAUGUUGGGGAGGGGGAGGGGGAAGAAGCAGCAGCAGCAGCAGCAGCAGCAAUGGCGCAAGGGACAGCAGAUGCCAUCCACAUGGUGGGGUUUGCGAUGCACAUGCUGCGAGCUGACGUCAGCAGUGCGAGGGGGGACAUGGACACUGCACUGAAGGCGUACAGGACUGCGCUCGAGCUACAAGAAGAAGCACUGGGUGCAGAAGACCCAAGAGUAGCGGACGCAUUGCAGCACGUAGGGGAGGAGUGUGCGAGGCACAUGCGACUAGCCGAUGCCCAUGCCAUGGGGAUGCGCGCGCUGCAGCUGCACGAGGCGCACAGGAGGGGGUUGGAGGAGCGGAUGGGAGGGGAAGAGGGGAGUGGGGAGGGGAGAGGACGGGGAGGGGAGGGUGCGGAGGGAGGAGGGGUGAGAGGGGAGGAGCUGAGGGAGAGAGUGAGGGAGGAGUUGGAGGGGAAGGGGAGGGAGGAGGUGAGGAUGGAGUAUGAGGAGGCUGUAAUGAAGGAGGUGGCUGACCACCGCCUGCUAGCAGCAGUGCAUGCAGGUCAAGGUGACGCCUCCCCAGCCGUCCACCACCUGUCAGCAGCAGCGGCGCUGCUCUCCUCCCUCCUCGCCUCGCCCUCCCCACCCUCCGCGCUCUCCCCCCUCGACCUGGCCUCUGUGCACCUCGCUACUGUUGACAUCAUCCUUCACUCGGGGUUGCUGCAGAGAGAGGAAGGGGAGGAGAUGGGGGAGGAAGGGGAGGAGGGGGAGGAGGGGAAGCACUGGGGGAGGGGGGAGAAGGGGGGUGAAGAGGAGGCGGAGAACGGGGAGGGGAUCAGUGGUAGAGAGCAGCAAGGGGAAGGACUGGGUACAGGAUUAGGAGGAGUAAAUGGUAGAUACGAGGGAGGAGCAGAGGGAGGGGAGGGGAGAGAAGAGGCGAUGGAUAUGGCAGUGUUGGCGCUGGAAGCACUGAAACAGUGUGUGGCGGUGCAGGGAGGGGAGUUGGGGAAGGACCACCCGGCUGUGGCGAGGACGUAUGCUCUCGCUGCUGACGUGUACUGGCAGAUAGGGCAGGCGGGGGAAGCUGAGAAAGUGAGCAAGAGAGCAAUAAAGGUACUGGCAGCCAUGCCAGCGGCGCACCAGCGCAGCAAGGAGGCAGCAGCAGCGCUCUCCCACGUGGCUCUGCACCUCAAGCGCACCGACCGCUGUGGCAUGGCCGUGCCUUUAUUGCAACGAGCCCUCGGUAUCCGAAAGGAGCACCCGGAUCAUCUGCUUCAAGCCGUGGGCACAGCAACAGACCUUGCCUCUCUCCUCCUCUCCCUCCGCCGCCCCAACGAAGCCCUCCCGAUCCUCCUCUCCGCCCUCCCCUCCCUCCGCUCCUUCCUCGGCCCCUCCCACGCCGCCUCCCUCCCCCUCCUCUCUCUCCUCUCCGCGACCCACUCUUCUCUUGACCAAUGGAGCGAGGCUGCUGGAGUGGUGGGGGAGAUGUGGGAGGUGGUGAGGGGGGAGGCUAUGGGGGAGGCUAUGAGGGGAGAUGAGGCGGCGAUUGGCAUGUGGAUACCGCUGGCAGAUGCGUUGGGGAGUGAGGAGAGGUUCCUUCUGCUGCAGCAAGCAGUGGAGCAGGCAGCAAGAGGAGCAGAGGCAGGGGGGAAGAGCAAUGGAAGGGGAGAGGCAGGGGAGGAUGCAUCAGCUAGAACUCGCUGGCUUGAGGUGCUGAGGGAGAUGACAAUGAUUGGUAGCGGCUGA